AUGUAUAUGUGUGUAGGCCUUGUUAUUUGGAGCGCUGUCUUCGUGACAACUCAAGCCCAAGGUGAAAAACGUUGCGGUCAUCCGGCUGUGCCUCCAAAUGCGAGGGUUACUUUAUCCAGCAAUGACAUAGUGCCUGGGACCCUCGCGACAUACGAGUGUGAUGAUGGUUAUGAACUAUUUGGUGGGCAUCAAAAGGAAUGCACACUCAAAGGCGAAUGGAAGGGAGAUUCUCCGUUUUGCGGUACAAACGUAGCAUUCCGGAAGCCGGCGAACCAGUCGACCACAGUCCGCGGCGGUUCGGCAAGCAACGGUAACGAUGGUGAAAAAACAACGGAACACGACGGGAAACGGUGCACAGAGACGCAGAGGGAGGCGUCGCCAUGGUGGCAAGUUGACUUACUGCGCCAUUACGCUGUCAAGGUCGUUAGGGUUACCACUAGAGGAUGUUGUGGCCAUCAACCGUUACAGGAUUUGGAGAUCCGCGUGGGAAACAGCAGUACAGACCUUCAGAGAAAUCCUCUAUGCGCCUGGUUCCCUGGUACUAUAGAUGAAGGUAUCACAAAGACAUUUACUUGCGCACGCCCGCUUAUUGGACAACAUGUAUUCCUUCAAUUGGUUGGAGUAGAAGGUUCCCUCUCGUUAUGUGAAGUGGAAAUCUUCACUACAGAAGAAUUCUCAAACGACCGAUGCGCACCAGCGGGUGUUUCCGCCGACAUAGAGUUAGCUGCCUUCUCGAGAAAUUGUUAUGAAUUUAACGUCGCUAAGGGUGCGUCCUUUGAAGAAGCGAGGAAGCAGUGCCAGUCUCACGGAGGAGACUUAAUUCACGAUUUCCAGGGUGCCACGUCAAGUUAUCUCACACAAGAAUUGGAAAGACGUAAAUCUCAAUUAAAAACGCAACUCGUCUGGAUUGGGGCACAGAAAGACCCAGGAUUAACUUCCAGGACUUGGAGAUGGGUUGAUGGUGAAACAGUAACAAAACCGACAUGGGGAAAGGACCAACCGAAUAAUUACAACGGGGAACAAAACUGCGCUGUAUUAGAUGGAGGCAGAGCAUGGCUGUGGAACGAUGUUGGGUGCAACUUGGACUACUUGCACUGGAUAUGCCAGUACCUGCCACCGUCUUGUGGAAGUCCUGAUAAACUGCUCAAUACUACGAUUGAAGGAAACAAUUAUAAGGUCGGAGCUGUUAUAGCAUACAAGUGUCCAGAAGGUCACAUGCUUCUUGGUGAUAAAACUAGAGAGUGCAAGAAGGACGGUUUCUGGUCAGGAGCUGCGCCUAGCUGUAAAUAUGUGGACUGCGGUGGUCUCACUUCGAUCCAAGAUGGCGAAUUAUCUUUAAUUGACAGCAGAACGACACAUGAUGCUAGAGCGGUGUACUCUUGUCGAGAAAACUAUACUCUUGUUGGAGAAUCUGAGAGAACUUGCGGUGACGAAGGAGUAUGGGAUGGAGAGGCACCUAAAUGUCUUUUCGACUGGUGUCCAGAUCCGCCACCGGUAGCUAGCGCCACUGUGACAGUUGACGGCCACAAAGAUGGCUCGUUGGCUACGUAUACCUGUCAAAAUGGCUUUAUUCUUUUUGGACAGCAGAGCGUGACCUGUACCCUCGGUGGGGUUUGGACGGGUACUACUCCAUCCUGUAAAUACGUCGACUGUGGAACUCCGGCGCAAGUAUACAAAGGGUCCUUCCGGCUCCUUAAUGGGACCACUACAUAUGGCUCACUUGCGCAGUUUAAUUGCGAAAAUGACUAUUGGUUGGCUGGAGCCGAGAUGUUAACUUGCAACAGGGACGGAAAAUGGUCGCAUGACAUACCGUCUUGUGAAUUGAUAACCUGUGACACUCCAGAGGUACCAGCAGGUGGGUACAUGGAAGCGUAUGAUUACAACGUGCAUUCCACGAUAGACUUCCACUGUGAAAAAGGACACAAACUAGUUGGAGAACACAGUUUAAUAUGUCAACCGGACGGCGAAUGGUCCGGGAGUCGCCCAAAUGCGAAUACGUUGACUGUGGAAAGCUACCGCCCAUGCCAUACGGGACGGCAGAACUGGUGA